CUGGUGACACAGUAGCCUUUAGGCAGAGCUCCUCAGGAGGUGUAGGAAGUGCUGCUACAGGUUUUGUCCCAGGGAAAUCUGAGCCAUUUCUCUGUGGACAGCUGCAUUUCAAAGCCUAGGCAAGUUGCUGUUAAAUUUUGCACGGGCUGCCAGUGUUUUUGUGGAAGUAUACUACUUUGUCAUUAUGAGAUGUCGUCUCUCGGCGCCUCCUUUGUGCAAAUUAAAUUUGAUGACUUGCAGUUUUUUGAAAACUGCGGUGGAGGAAGUUUUGGGAGUGUUUAUCGAGCCAAAUGGAUAUCACAGGACAAGGAGGUGGCUGUAAAGAAGCUACUGAAGAUAGAGAAAGAGGCAGAAAUACUCAGUGUCCUGAGUCACAGAAACAUCAUCCAGUUUUAUGGAGUAAUUCUUGAACCUCCCAACUAUGGUAUCGUCACAGAAUAUGCUUCUCUGGGAUCACUCUAUGACUACAUCAACAGCAAUAGGAGUGAAGAGAUGGAUAUGGAUCACAUUAUGACUUGGGCCACUGAUGUAGCCAAAGGAAUGCACUAUUUACAUAUGGAGGCUCCUGUCAAGGUGAUUCACAGAGAUCUCAAGUCAAGAAAUGUUGUUAUAGCUGCUGAUGGAGUAUUGAAGAUCUGCGACUUUGGUGCUUCCCGGUUCCAUAACCACACAACACACAUGUCGUUGGUCGGAACUUUCCCAUGGAUGGCUCCAGAAGUUAUCCAGAGUCUCCCUGUAUCUGAAACUUGUGACACAUACUCCUACGGUGUGGUUCUCUGGGAGAUGCUAACAAGGGAGGUCCCCUUUAAAGGUUUGGAAGGAUUACAAGUAGCUUGGCUUGUAGUGGAAAAAAACGAGAGACUAACCAUUCCAAGCAGUUGCCCCAGAAGUUUUGCUGAACUGUUACAUCAGUGUUGGGAAGCUGAUGCCAAGAAACGGCCAUCAUUCAAGCAGAUCAUUUCAAUUCUAGAGUCCAUGUCAAAUGAUGCAAGUCUUCCCGGCCAGUGUAACUCAUUCCUGCACAAUAAGGCGGAGUGGAGGUGCGAAAUUGAGGCAACCCUUGAGCGGCUAAAGAAGCUAGAGCGUGAUCUCAGCUUUAAAGAGCAGGAGCUCAAAGAACGGGAAAGACGGCUUAAGAUGUGGGAGCAGAAGUUGACAGAACAGUCCAACACCCCGCUGCUGCCUUCCUUUGAGAUUAGUGCAUGGACUGAAGACGAUGUGUAUUUUUGGGUUCAGCAGCUCGUCAGAAAAGGUGACUCCUCGGUGGAGAUGAGCAGCUAUGCAAGCCUAUUUAAGGAGAACAACAUCACGGGCAAGCGGCUGCUGCUUCUGGAUGAAGAAGACUUGAAAGACAUGGGCAUUGUCUCCAAAGGACAUAUCAUUCAUUUUAAGUCAGCCAUUGAGAAACUAACCCAUGAUUACCUAAACUUGUUCCACUUCCCGCCGCUAAUUAAGGACUCAGGAGGUGAACCUGAAGAAAAUGAGGAAAAAAUUGUGAACCUUGAACUUGUUUUUGGUUUUCACUUGAAACCAGGAACUGGCCCACAGGAUUGUAAGUGGAAAAUGUAUAUGGAGAUGGAUGGGGAUGAAAUUGCAAUAACCUACAUAAAAGAUGUGACAUUCAACACUAACCUACCUGAUGCAGAGAUUUUAAAGAUGAUAAAGCCACCAUUUGUGAUGGAGAAGUGGAUUGUAGGAAUAGCAGAAAACCAGACCGUGGAGUGCACUGUCACCUAUGAGAGUGAUGUUAGAACUCCAAAAAGCACUAAACAUGUCCAUUCAAUUCACUGGAGUAGAACAAAACCGCAGGAUGAAGUGAAAGCUGUCCAACUCUUCAUUCAGACAUUACUCUUCAAUUCCGAGGGCAACCCUCGCAGCAGGUCCGACUCAAGUGCCGACUGCCAGUGGCUGGACACGCUGCGGAUGCGGCAGAUCGCCUCCGACGCGCCCCUGCACCGCUCGCAGAGCAACCCCAUCCUGGGCUCGCCUUUCUUCCCGUACUUCAACGACCAGGACUCGUACGCGGCCGCCGUGCGGCGGACCCAGGCGCCCGUCAAGUACCAGCAGAUCACGCCCAUCAACCAGUCGCGGAGCUCCUCGCCCACGCAGUACGGGCUCACCAAGAGCUUCUCCGGCCUGCUGCUCAACUCCAGGGACAGCGGCUUCUCCAGCCUCAACACCGACAGCUCCUCCGAGCGGGGGCGCUACUCCGACCGGAGCCGGAACAAGCUCGACCGCGGGGGCGGGUCGCUGCACGCCUCGCCGCGGGGCCGCUUCCCGGGGCAGAGCCAGCACCCCGCGGCCUCCCGGGAGAGGGGCGCGGCCGGGAGCGGGCGCGGGGCAGCCACCGGGGCCGCAGGACCUUCUGAGGACGCAGCGGGCAGGGCCCGCACGCCGGCGCGGGGCGACCCCUCUGCUAGGAGGCCGUCUUGGGCUUCAGUCCGCAGGAAACGGCGCCUGCGUGCAUGGGACUGGGAGCCGCCUUCCCCCGAGACCAAAGCCAGACCACGGCCAAGAGGACGGCUGUGCUGGCCUGGUAGUGGUAAUGGGACUUGAACACGUUUUCCUCUGCUGAAUUAAUACUGUUGGAGCAGGGCCUCGCCCAUCGUCCGCCCUGAACACUGACCUGGGACGCAGGCAGGGGAGGUCCACACAAAAAUCGAAAUCCUAAUAAAGACGGGAUGGGUGGUACUGACGUUUUCUGUUUGCCUCAGCCUUCACUAUUGCCGAACCCGGUUUUAUUUAAAAUUUUGAUAUUUUGUUCAUGAACUUUGGCAUUGGUUUUAUUUUCUAAAAUAUUACGUUAAAAUAUCACUUAAUUACUGAGGGUUUCUUUUUUAUGCCUCCCUAAAUUUUAUGCCCAAAGGAAGUGAACCUCCCUCAUCUCAGCUCUGCUGGUUAGUAUUUAUUUUAGUGAGAUACUGUGUUUCUGUCAUGGUCGUAACUGAACUGGUUUGCCUUGUCAUUUUUGGGUAAUUAAAAAGGUUAUUGAACUUA